AGUAGGUGGAGGUAAUGCACCUUUGGUUGGUCUGCCAAACAGCCAUAAAACACUACAAGAAGAAGAAGAAGAAGAACAAUUUAAAAGAUCCUGCAGUACACAGGGUGCCCACAGACCAACAGGCUGCACAAGAAGCAAAAGAUACAAGUGACGGCUGUUCCUGAUUUUCUGAAAAAGAAGAUAAAAAUGCAGAGUCAAUUGAAUGAUCAUGAAAUAUAUUUGGAAUCAUUUGAGCUGUUUUUGGUGAAUUCUAGUGAACACCAGUUCAUAAUAGAAUUUAUCCAUACAGUUCUUCCAGACAUCCUGGCCAGAAUUGGAGCAGGAAAAAACACUCUGAACAUGAUGGGACUGGGAAGCGGCGCAGGUGAGAUCGAUCUGGAAAUUCUUAAAGUGCUGCAUGAAAAGCAUCCAGAUGCCAAAAUAAAGGUUGAGGUGGUUGAACCUAGCUACGCCAUGCUUAACAAGUAUAAAACUUCAUUAUCAAAGAUGCCAGGCUUUGAUUAUGCCACCUUCAGUUGGAAUGAAAUGACCGCAAAAGACUUUGAGAACAAACUGAUGAAGGAAAACUCUGAUAAAAAAAUGCACUUGAUUAACAUGAUACAGAUGCUUUACUAUGUGAAGGAUCCAGAGGCCACACUUUCCUUCUACCAAAGUUUACUGCACAAAGGUGGCAAAGUCCUUGUCAUUCUGCUUACAGAUGAGAGUGCAUGGGCCAGGCUUACGAAAACCUUCCAAAAUCAGCUGUAUAAGGACGGAAUUGUUGACACUCUUACAUCCGGAGAUAUCAAAAGCUUUCUGGAUUCCAAAAAAAUUCCCUACCAAAACUACAAGCUCCAAUCCCUGUUAGACAUCACUCAGUGUUUCAUACCUGGAAAUGAAAAAGGAGAGCAGCUACUCAGUAGCCUGACUGAGAUAAUCGACUUCGGUAAGAACGCACCUCCAGAGCUGAAGAAAGAGGUGCUGGACUUCCUUAAAAAUCCAGAAAACUACCAAGAAGUGAACAAUAGGAUCCUGUUCGAUUGCAGCACGGAGGCCUUAGUGAUCGAUGCUUAGGUCCAGAGCUUACAGAUACUUAGCAGGGGAAAAGCACUUGUCUAACAGCUGGUAAAAAAGAUGAGGAAUAAGAAUUGACUAUAAAUAUCUAAUCAGCUUUAUUAUUCAGCCUUUAAAUCCAUUACUCAACUAAAUCCCCGUUUUAUUUUUUGCACUGUAAGAAAUGGAAGAAUUUGGAAUAAAUGAAUGAACAUUUCUUGCAUGUCAGGAAGCGGUAGCUCACUGAUUAAAGCUCUGAGUUAUUGCAUGGAAAGCCAGGCGGGGGUGUGGGAGUGGGGGUUUAACAGUGAGGUAACAGUUACCUCAAAUAUUAAACCCUGUGCUGUUAAUCCACAUGAAUACAUUUACCAGCAUGUUGUUUUUUUCCCCCCUUGUACUUUUUUCAAAAAGUGUCGCAUAUAAUUUGAAAACAAUUAAAUUCCAUUCAAGUAAAGUA